UGCUUGGAUGUCUUCCAAAAAUGUAAACAAGGGAAAAUGCCUUUUCCACUUGCAAAAUUAGUUGCUUUGGGUUUGAGACAGGCCAGUAGACACGUUGCAAAUUUUGUCAAGGUUAAAGCAAAAGAUAAUGAGACCUUCAGAAAAAUUCUAGUGAAAUCGGCGGGCUGGUACCAUACUAUACAAACAAAGUCCCGGCUGGACAUUCUUGGUAUGGGCAAGGUUAAAAAGGUCACACCUUUGUCUGAACAGGCUGCCAUAGAUCUUGGAGUGGAAAUUCUUGGCGACACUGUUGUGAUAGUAUGUGCUUUAGCAAUAUAUAUAUUAAUCGAAGCUAGAUCAUCUAAACAUAAAGAACACGAAGAAGAAUUAAAAGAAGAAGAGAUGAGAAGUCUGAAAGAACUGGUUGUAUUUCAAAGCAUUGAACUUGAAACACAAGGUGCUAAAUUAAGAGAAUUUGAGCGAAUUCUAAAUGGAUCUACCAUGUAUUCAAAAACUUCUGAACGUGUUGUGGCAGAAUUUUCUCAAAAUGAACAGGAUUCAGUAAAGACUUGACAAAAAGACUUGUAUUAGCUUUUGAAGACUUGAUUUAGCUUUUGAAGAAGUUGCAUUCUUCUGGAAGAAUAGAUCUUGUAUAGUCAAUUUAAAGAUAUGUUAUUUCUUUUAUUGUGUAUGCAGUAUAUGCUUUAAUACAUACACUGAAGUAAAGAGUUGUGGCCCCUUGUUACAAAGACUGUCUCCCUUGUUUAAAACACUGCAUUUUUUUUUUUUUUUUUUUUGGUUUAAUAAUUUAUAGUUUUACUAGAUUUUCAAAGUUUUGAGCUACUCAUUUGUAUUAUACCAAGUCAUUUACUACCUCAUAGUUUACUGAAUUCAUUAUGGUAGUUUUGCAGGUUUGGUUAUUCAGAGGUCAUGGUGUAACAACAUUUUUCCAGAUAACAUAGAAUAAUGCCUGGAUCUCCAAUGUAGAUACAUUAACCAUACUAAAAGUAAAAUAGCAACUAGCAUUUUGAUUGAUAAAACUGGCAAUGCUAAGACCUUCAAAGAUUAGAUAUCAUAACUAAAGUGUUGAUAGUUAAAAAAUUUCCUAAUAAUGUUAUAAAAUCAAAUCAAAAUUUGUGGAUCUCUUUUACCUUAAGCCUGCUAAAUUUUUAUAAUGGACUUGUCCAUCUUUCAAUUUGGACAGUACGAUUAAGUGUUAAAAGGGGUAUUUACCAAAAUGAUACCUACACACUGAAUGGCGAACAAUGCAGAUCAUGCAUAAAUGUUAAUAAUUGGCAGAUAUCUCAAAACUUAACACAAUAUUUUUGGUUAUUUAUUUGGAUAUUUUUCAAAAAUCAUGAGUCACCUAGUUUGCACCACUGAUCAUUUUUACAGUACCCAUGUUUUAUGGAUUUUGGAGAAAAAAAAUGUAAUGCCUUAAAUGUGUGAAUGAGUCGCUGUAAUGAAUUAAGUUCCUAUGGUCCUUACACAAUGUUACCAAUAAUUUUAUAAUAGAAGGUCAAUAAAUAUACAUGUAAUCUAUAUAAUCAUAAUCUAAAUUUAGAUUAAACCCUCCCUUGGCUUCCAUUGCAAACAAUGCAUGUAAUUUGUAUUCAUACGAGGGCUGUUCAAAAUAAUGUAGACUUUUGCUGUCAGAUGUUGCUUACUGUGUAAAUAAUAGUGUAAAAUAUAUCAUUGUAAUUCAGAAUUAUUUUGUAAUUUGGUCACAUAUUUUUUGUAACAUUUUUGCUGAUAGGCGAAGUGCGUCAAACGUUUGAUUACCAUAGCUACGCAUAACCGGUGCAGUCGCUUUUUGAUCUGUCGCGAUUUGAAUUCGAUCGCUAAUGUUUGCACUAAUAAUAAACUUGUUUGCCCAAAAAUAGGCCAAAGUGCAGCAACACAUCAGGGCGAUAUGUACCUAGAGUAUGGUGUCAUUCCGACAAAAGAGGUGGAAUAAAACAAUGUUUGAACUAAGUGAGUAUUACUGUUUAUAAUGCAUGUAAUGUCGUCAUCGACUAGCAUGGAUGAUAAGACAGUUGCUUAGUUAUUUCGAACAGCAACUGAAAAUCAUACUAAAUGAAGCAGACGCCACAACAAUGUUCAGUCAUCUGUGUCUUUAUCUUCAAGCGGUAGAAACAAUUCUUAAAUGGUCCAGAUUUGCUUGAAAACAGCGGAGAUGGAGGGAGAAAACGGAAAAACUGUGAAUGGACGUUAACGCCAAUGUAUGAUGCCGAAGAUAAAGACCAAGUACUCCCGUUGAGUACCCUGUCCGAGAUGCGUGUCAUGUGUUCAUACAUUUUAAUAUUUUAACAAUACAACCUGUUAUGACUCAGACAUCCCAACUCUCCCGAUCCGA